GAAAGUGGAGGCCAUUUUUAUUGUUUACCGUUGUUCACAUCCUCUAUUUAAGUGAUUUUUAUUGUGUUCAUUGCGUUAUUGUGACUAUAGUAUGUUAGUGACUAUUUAGUUAUGUCUCCUAGAAGGUGUUACAUAUGCAAUCAGAAAGCUCCGAACAUAACGUUACACAAAUUUCCAAAGGAUGCGAAAAUGUGUGGCUUGUGGAAAGAUAUAUGUAAUUUGGAAGACUACGAUACAGUAACCUCACUGUAUAUAUGCUCUGAGCAUUUUACGAAAGAUGAUUAUCGUGAACCGAAUGCUAAAAAAAUUGGUGGAGCAUUACAAAUUAAACCUGGCUGUUAUCCGAGUGUAAAUGUUCCUAAACAAAUAAUAAAUGAAGAAGAGGAACCGAUAGAAGAACCAAUGACUCAAGAAGAGGAUCUGAUAGAAGAACCAACGACUCUAGAAGAGGAUCUGAUAGAAGAACCAACGACUCUAGAAGAUGAUCCGAUAGAAGAACGAAUGACUCCAGAAGAGAAUUCGAUAGAAGAACCAACGACUCCAGGAGAGGAUCCGAGAAUAGAAACAAUGAUUCCAAAACGUAAUAAGAGGAAAUUUAUCGAACCAAGAUUUCUUGGUGAUGUGACAUCUUCGGAUUUAGCUAAUCCCAGGAAAGCUCAAAGAAUUGUAUUCACGGCCAAUAGAAAAUUAGCAGAGCAACGUAAGAAAUAUCUGUGUCUGAAACAAAAAACUUAUAGGAUGGAAAAGAAAAUUACGUCAUUGCAGUCACUAGUAAAGCACCUUAAACGGAAAAAAAGGGCUCUCUGAAGAUGCUCAAGAGGCAAUAAUGCAAAACGUACCAGAAUCUAUGCAGCACAUUAUUUCAAGAAAAUUAAAAGGAAAAAGGAAGUAUUCUCCAGAGAUAAGAAGUUACAAGAAGAAGAAAUAUAUAAGAAGCAUUUGAAAAGAUAUGUUACCACAUCCAUCCACACUACGGGCUUGGUACAGUGUGUUUGAUGGAAAACCUGGCUUUACACAAGAGUCAUUAAAAUCCUUGGAAACAGUGGCGACAAACAGGAAAAUUUUUGUUAACCUGGUUUUGGACGAAAUGUCCAAAAGAGAGCAAUUGGUUUACGAACAAAACCAAUUUUACGGAACUGUAAAUGUGGGAAGUAAUUUCACCAAUGUGGAAAGUGAUUCAAUGGAAUUGGCAAGAAAUGCCUUAGUUUUUAUGGUAGUAGGUUUAAACUAUAGGUUUAAAUUACCUAUUGGCUAUAUUUUAAACAACAAUUUUAAACGACAAUAAAUUUUAAUAAAAAAAAUAUAAAUUUAAUCUUGGCCACAAAAGUAUUUGGUUCAAGUUUAAAAAAAGUUUUUAAUUAUAAAGAAAUGAAAGAACACAUAAUUGAGCAGGAUCCGCUGGAAAACCAUGUACAACAAUUAAUAAAAGCAAUUAUUGAUGUUUUUCUCAAAAUUAGGCUACAUCACGUAGCAUCUGUCAAAGAUACAUACAUUAGAAAUAAGCAAACUAAAUUAAUUUUAUUACAAACCAA